AUGCCUGAAUACGAAUUCAAACCAACCAAAUCCGAGGAUGAGGACGCCUGGACAUACAAAGCUCCCAACAAGGAAGAGAAUGCACAAUUCAAAGCCGGAAGCAUACCUCGGCCCGUGAGGAAGAUACGACGCAAGAAGAAGGAGGCUGGCGGCCCUGCAGCAGUUGCGACUUCAGACAAAGAGGAACAGCAUGCCGACACGACGGCAUCCGAGGAGGUUGCGGCGAUUGAUCAUGCGUACGAGGAGCAGUGGACAGGAGCAAAUGCCACCAGCUACGAAAACCCGCCAUUUGAAGACGACGAGUCUGACGAUGCGUCUUCUAGGGAGGAAGAGCAGGGCCCAACUGUUGACGACUUUGAAGCGAAUCUUGACGAGGUCCUGGCCAUGGCCCCUGGGCCGUCGUUGAAUGACGAGCUGGGCUCGGAUUACGACGGAUACAGCGACAAUGGGGACAUCAAUGACGCUGCUUCUGAAGAAGACGGCCUCGCCGUUGAUCCGGUGGGUGCGAGCCCUUGGCCGUCGAGCAGUUCUACGAGUGAUGGCGAGUCGAGUAAUGCUGGGAAUGGCUUGGCUGAGUCUGCUAGCACGGAGUCGGCUCGGAGCUUGCAGGCUGGCCUUCUGGAGGUGCGCCGUGAAUGCGAUGGCCUGAAGAAGGAAAUGGAGUCUCGCGAUGUGAGGACUGCCGAGCUGGAGAAGGAGCUGGACUCUCGCGGAAAGCGCAAUGAGGCCCUGCAGACGGAUUUGGAUUCUCGAGACAAGCGGGUUGCAGCACUGACGGAGGAGCUGCAGGCUCAUGUUGAGAGGACUACGACAUUGGAGACGGAUUUGGUUUCUCGUGAUGGGCGGAUCACGGCAUUGAUGGAGGACCUGGCGUCUCGUGACGAAAAACUUGCAACGCUUGAGAAGGAACUGGAGACUCGUGAGGAGCAGCUUACGGCACUCGGCAAAGAUCUGGAAUCUCGUGACCAGAGAGUCACGGCGCUUGAGAAGGACCUGGAGUCUCGCGACAAGGAAAUAUCAGCUUUGAAGAAGCAAUCAGAGGCUCGCAACCAUGAGAUCGCAGCACAUGAGGAGGAGCUGGAAUCUCGCAGAAGGGAAUUGGAGUCUCGUGCUGAGAGUAGCGCGGCAUUGGAGAAGGAACUGGAAUUCCGCAACGAGAAAUUCGCCGUACUCGAAAGAAACCUGGAACUGCGCAACAAGAGGAUAUCUGGACUGGAAGCCCAGAACUCGCAGCUCGCCGCUGGAACAACCAAGACUGUCUCAACUCGCGACUCCGCCACCAAUACCAAGACAUCCCCUGAAGAUGCUCUUUCACGAACAAUUACCUCCAGAGAAGAUGAAAAUGUCCAGCGACUCGUGACGGCCGAGCGAGAACAACCAUCAUCGCCAACAUCUACUUUUGCCUUGAAGACGGCUGAAUUGGUGCGAUUCGUCCAGAUGUGUUUCGGCAUGUUGAAAGCCUUGUAUCUCGCCUGCAUCAGUGUGGCGAGCACGGCGUCAAUCACAGCGAGAUCGUUCCUCUCUUCUGUAGGCAGAUCGGAGUCCUUCCAGACGGCGGUGGAUGCCGGUCAGCGAUCUGUGCGAGCAUCCGCCAUUUAUCUGGCAACGCCCUUUUGGAUCAUUAUGAGCUUUGCCAUGUUCAUGUCCAUAUGGCGUGAGAGGAGCUACUGGGUGCAAGCGAAUGCCGUAACGAGGAAGCACUUGCUGAAGCAUGCGGCCGGAGUGUUUGAAAUAGCGGACUGGGAAGUGUUUUUCGCCAUUGGAAGCGCGGCAUUGACUUGA